UGAUGACUAGAUGACAAGAAAAAAAACAAAGGCUUUUGUUUCCUUGAAUAUGAAGAUCACAAAACAGCUGCCCAGGCAAGACGUAGGUUAAUGAGUGGUAAAGUCAAGGUCUGGGGAAAUGUUGGAACUGUUGAAUGGGCUGAUCCUAUAGAAGAUCCCGAUCCUGAGGUUAUGGCAAAGGUAAAAGUGCUGUUUGUACGCAACCUGGCUAAUACUGUAACAGAAGAGAUUUUAGAAAAGGCAUUUAGUCAGUCUGGGAAACUGGAACGAGUGAAGAAAUUAAAAGAUUAUGCUUUCAUUCAUUUUGAUGAACGAGAUGGUGCUGUCAAGGCUAUGGAAGAAAUGAAUGACAAAGACUUGGAAGGAGAAAAUAUUGAAAUUGUUUUUGCUAAGCCACCAGAUCAGAAAAGGAAAGAAAGGAAAGCUCAGAGGCAAGCUGCAAAGAAUCAAAUGUAUGAUGAUUACUACUAUUAUGGUCCACCUCAUAUGCCCCCUCCAACAAGAGGCCGAGGGCGUAGAGGUAGAGGUGGUUAUGGAUACCCUCCCGAUUAUUAUGGAUAUGAAGAUUAUUACAAUUACUGUGGCUAUGACUACCAUAACUACCGAGGUGGCUAUGAAGACCCUUACUGCGGCUAUGAAGAUUUCCAGGUCGGCGCUAGAGGAAGGGGUGGUAGAGCAGCGAGGGGGGGCUGCUCUGUCCCGAGCCCGCGGGGCUGCUCCUCCCCACGGCAGAGCCGCUUACUCUCAGAGAGGAUGCCCCAGAUCAGCAAGAGGCGCUCGUGGUGCGAGAGGACGUACCCAGCAACAAAGAGGCCGCGGGGGAAAAGGGGUCGAGGCCGGUCCUGA